GACGAGAGGACACACAACAUGACACGGCUCAUAAUACCACAGCCGGAGCAGCCAUAACAGCAGCAGCAGCAAAACCAGCACCUCCGUAAACCCUGCACUCCAGGAGCCGAGCUGCACCACCAGCAGCACUAACGGACACUUACAGCACUGAGGUCACACAGAGGGCAACUGAGUCAGUGAAUGAGUGUGUAUAAAUGUGUGUGAGCAUUGUUGUGUGACUGAAGUACCCUCAGAACAGCGGUUAAUGAGUGGAGUCCAGAAGAAUGAGUCUUGACCCUGUAAAGGUCAUGAAGGGCCAGGACCCUAUGGCCCUUAGCUCUCCUCUAGCAUCUAAUGGAGACAGCAAAGCAUCCUGGGAAGAGAGUGAGGGCUUCUGUGACGGCCUGGGUCCCAAAAAGCCCAAAUCAGGACCAGUGAGACGGGCCAGGAAGGUGGAGGGAGGCAUUUUCUUUCCAAAGCCAGAGAACGCAGUCACGAUAGCGGUUUCAUCUCGCGUGCUGUUCCGCACUGAGAAAGAGCAGAAGGUGUUUGAAGAGAAAGGUGUGGAGGAAUACAUCAAGUACCAGAUGGAGCAUGAGAAUGAGCCUUUUGCUCCAGGACCAGCGUUUCCUUUUGUUAAGGCCCUGGAGACGGUUAAUGCACGGUUACGGGAGCUGUAUCCUGACAGCGAGGAGCUCUUUGAUAUUGUACUGGUGACCUACAACCAUGCGCAUGUAGGAGUGAGGCUUAUCAACACCAUCAACCACCACAAUCUGUUUAUUGAGCGGUUCUGUAUGACAGGAGGCAGCAGCCCCAUUGGCUACCUGAAAGCAUGGCACACAAACUUGUACCUAUCUGCAGAUGCGGAAAAGGUCCAGGAGGCACUGGCUCAAGGCAUUGCAGCAGCCACCAUGUUUAUGCCAGAGAAGCAGAUAGAAGUAUCAGAGACCCAGCUGAGAGUGGCAUUUGAUGGCGAUGCUGUUCUCUUCUCUGAUGAGUCAGAGCGUAUAUUCAAAGCUCAUGGUCUGGACAAGUUCUUUGAGCACGAGAGGGAAAAUGAGAACACACUGCUGGAUCAUGGCCCACUGAAGGGUUUUCUUGAGGCCCUGGGAAAGCUCCAGAAGAAGUUCUAUGCUAAAGGCCAUCGGUUAGACUGCCCCAUUCGCACUUACCUGGUGACAGCCCGCAGUGCAGCCAGCUCAGGCAUCCGUGCUCUAAAGACUCUCCGUGCCUGGGGACUGGAGAUAGAUGAAGCGCUGUUCCUGGCUGGUGCCCCCAAAGGCCCCAUGCUGGAGAAAAUACGACCCCACAUCUACUUCGAUGAUCAGAUGUUCCAUGUAGAAGGAGCAGUGGAGAUGGGCACUAUUGCUGCACACGUGCCCUACGGCAUAGCACAGAAAUACCCUCAUAAGAAGGGCACCAACUUUGCCAAGUAGCAGAGACAGAACGGAGCAGGAAAGGACAGCAGAGAUUCAAAUGAGUGCACUGCCCUGCAUGCCUGAGUGGGUCCUGCAGAAAGACUCAUGUUGUGGAUAUUUUUUUUUUGACAAGCUGAUUUGUCAUAAAAACUGAACUGAACACACUGAUUGCUGAUUUACUUUCAUUUUCAAAAUGAAUUUUACACAACAGUGUGCUGCCUCUGCCUGACAAAAGACUGAUUUGUCCUGUCUUCACUGUUAUUCAACCUCAUUUCUUGCUUCACUGUGGUUAAAUACCUGAGUGCAAUUAGAAGAAGAUUCAUCUGCUGAGGUGAAAAUUCUUUCCAUCAUCGUCCUCAGUUUCUUUAUACGUGAAACACAUGAAGUGAACUGAGUGUUUAAACUGUUAAAACUGUGUAUAAAAGAACAAUGUACAUUCAUGUGUAAAGUGACUUGCUUUGCUUUACGGGACAGAAAUAUACUGUAACUUUCUAUGUUUGUUUAUAAUGUGAUAUCAUGUUGUUCUGUCUUGUACAUUCAUGUGAUCAUUUGAAUUAACCACUGUAGCAACAAAGUAAGCCAUAAUGUCCUGAGAAGCCAUAAUAAGCCAUAAAUAACAGCCUGAAGUGACCAUUAUUGUUGCUUGUUGUAUAGUCCUCUACCAACAAAGACAAUUGGAAUGACCUCUGUGAGUGAAGGUGGCCAAUCUAAUCCAUUAAAGCAGUGUUUAGUUUCUCAUCACAUCAUAAUAAACUGAGAAACAUAUUUUCUAAAUUGAUUUACAUGCGCAGUGUAUAAUGUAGCACGGACAGUUACAAGACAUGAGUGUAGGUGAGACACUAUAUCCAGCAGUUUAAUACAGCUGAUUAUUAUAUUUGUACAGUUUUCCCCACCCUACAAGAAACAGGUAAACAUCACAAAUAGAUCUUGUUCUGGUUGGAAGGAAUACUUACUGUUAUGCAGUUAAGAGAACGAUCAUGCUACCUUUUCACAACAGUGUGGUGCUGUUUGUCACACAAUGAACUAAAUAUCCCAUUACAGCAGCUAUGUCUGCUUGUGCCAGUCAUUAACACUACAGUAUCUUUUAACUAUAAAAGCAUGGAAUGAUUAUGGUUAGUUAACUGAAACACAAAACAUGGUGAGCAAAACAAAAUCAUGUAAAAUUAGACUGGGGAUAGAGGUUAGAAUCAGCUCAGCAAAUAAACAAAAUAUGUAAAGAAUGUGUUUGUUUCAGGAUUUAACAUAUUGGGGAAAAAAUGUACCAUUACUUUGCAGAGGCCACAUUUAAUGUUUAUCCUUUUCCAGUAUGUUAAAUUCAGCAUAUAAACAGUAACUGUGCACUGAAAUGUACAGAAGUGUGUAUUUUCAUGAAAGAGACAACUGUAAGAAGUGUGAAAGUUCGGUGAUUAUUUCUUGUCAGAAAGAUUGUAUGAGUGAGCAGUGUUAGGAGGGCAAAGCACUGUACAUGCACUGGAAUCUGUAAGACCCAAAUUACAUUUUAUUAUAAGAGGUGUGUAUCGUAUAAUUCAUUUUAUAUUUAGAUUUUUCUUAGAUUAGAUUUUUUUUUUAGACUUUUAAUAUUUGAUUAGUAAAUGGGUUCUUGCCAAUUAAGUCCCAAAAGUCCUUUCUAGUUACCGGUAAUAGGUCUAUAUCCCAUUUUUUUGGCUUGGAAGCUGUAUAACAGAACCAGGAUAAUAGAUCAGUCUGUAUAUUUCUGAACUUACACACACUGUAAAAAUUGCUCAUCAGUUCAACCCCAAAAAAUCACUUUAUGUAGUAAGAAGUAAAUUAAUUGGUUUUAUUCAACCUAAAUAAAUACUUUAAAUGAAUGUUUCUUUCAAUCAAUGUAGUUUUUUGUGCUCGAUAAAACUAGUUUAAUUGUUUGUUACUGCAUGAUCAAAUCUUUUUGGGUUGAUCUGAUAAGCCAUUUUUUUCUAAAUUGCAUUAGGAUGCUUUAUUACGAUACUGUACUUUAUCCUUUUUACUCUCCUUUUACCUUAAAUUGGGGCAAAUGGGUGUGAAUCUAUCACAGUAUUUUUGCCCAUUUCUGUCCUUUAUUUGCCAAUACUUUUCCUAAUUGUGGUUCACAUUUGGUCUAACCUUACAGCAAAAAAAAGAUUAGAUAGGCACAGACUUAGCAGUGGAUUCCUUUGUUAAUAAAUUUUUAUCAUUAUAUUUCUCUAUUUUUCAAAUAUUGUACAAAUCCUAUCCUAAAAUAUAUAUCUACAACUGUAACAUACAUGUCUGACUGAAAACAAAAUAUUUCAUCAGUUGACAAUGUUUACAGAUACUGCCCUCUUCUGGAUAGACCUGGAAAUUAGCCACAUCUAAAAACACAUCUUAAAAAGAAACAUUAUUUUAAACAAGCUAUAGAGAUUAUGUCAGUAUGGUAUACUAUUAAUGGCUAAUGAUCAAACUGCCCUCUGUAUGAAUUAUUAAUUAACUCUGGAUUUCAAGGAGUUUCUGUGUAUCUGGACAGGCAGUGAAAUUUGGGAAUAAAGAGUGUGUAUCAGAA